AUGCCUCCCUUCGACCCUGACUCGGAUCACCUGCCCAAGCUCGCCGAUCUGGAACAAAUCCCCGGAGCGCCCAAGUACGCGGCGUGGUUCUGGGGCGAGAAUGACGAGACCACUCGCGAGCAAAUUGUCAAUUCAUCGAGGAUCGGACUCCAAGCAUGGGGAAAACAGGGCAUCGCCGGCCGCGCCAUCCUUCUCGACAUCUACUCCUUCACGAAAAAAUCGUACGAUCCGCUCUCCGCCAGGAGAAUCACAUUGGAGGAGCUGCGCGCGUGCGCCGAAGUCGAGGGCGUCGAGUUCAAGUACGGCGACAUCCUGCUCGUGCGCACGGGCUGGUCCGCGGGAUACAACCAGCUCGACGCGGCGGGGCGGCAGGCGUACCAGACCAAAGGGUUCCACGAGCUGGCCUUUGCCGGGGUAGAUUGCGGGGAGGAGGUGGUCGAGUUCCUGCACGACCACUACUUCAGUGCCGUGGCGAGCGACUCGCCCACGUUCGAGUCCUGGCCGCCCUCGGUCAAGCCGGGCCAGGAGAUCCUGCAUUCCUUCCUCCUGCCGCUCUGGGGCGUGCCCAUCGGCGAGAUGUGGGACCUCGACGGCCUGGCCGAGCUGUGCAAAAAGACGCGUCGGUGGGAGUUUUUCCUCACCAGUUGUCCGGCCAAUGUCAAGGGGGGUGUGGGCAGCCAUCCUAACGCUAUUGCCUUGUUCUGA